UCGACACCGCGUUUUUGACAUUUUGAAACCCACCCCCGUUCCUCUCCCUUGAACCAGAUCGAGUUUGUGUGUCGACCAUCGUCCCACCAUCCUGUUAUCGACCAAAGUACAUAGCUGUGGGCCCAAUCCACAGUCGUCCAUCUGCCAAUAUGUCUUCAUUCUUACCUGUCAAUACUAUUUCAUCGCCACAGGACCGGGUCAUGGAGGACGCGACAACAUCACCUACCCCUCGCCCCCAUCCCGGCUCUGACACCGCACAAUUACUAGGCACCAAGACGAAUGAGAGCACCCCGCGGAAUGUAAAUAUCGCCGAAGACUCAACCCGCCCGAUAGACUCACAAACGAGCGCAUCGUUAACGUCAGAGGAGCCCGCCCAUGGAGAUUCGGAUGUCGAUCGCGAAGGUUCUGACAACGAAGACAACAAGGACAAUGCUCCCCCUUCGAAGAAGAAAAAGGGCCAACGCUUCUACUGCACUGACUUCCCACCAUGCAACUUGAGUUUCACACGGAGCGAGCAUCUGGCCCGGCACAUUCGAAAACAUACCGGCGAGCGCCCCUUUCAAUGUCAUUGCUCCCGACGCUUUUCUCGAUUGGAUAACUUGCGACAACAUGCUCAAACUGUGCAUGUCAAUGAGGAGAUCCCUGGCGACUCACUAGCAGCGACAGGAACCAGAUUUCAACGACAAAUCCGAACGGAUCGUGUGCGGCCCCCGGGUCGCGCGAGAGCGGGCACGGCGGGCAGUCAAGGUACUCAUAGUAGGGGCCACAGUAGGAAUCUUUCCGCAUCAAGCAUUACCUCCACUGCAUCGACUUUCAGUCAACCGCAGGAGCUUCGCCGUCGACCUGCACCGCUGAUGAUGGCAAAUGAUCGAGCGCGAUUGAUGGAUACGCUGGAUACUCCCAGCACUCCCCCAGGCCGGUGCUUGCCAGGGCCACAGGCGGGUGGUUCCCCUUACACACCUUCACACCAUGUCUUUGCGGCCGGCCCCCAUGGCAGCCCUCACAUUGCUUCACCGAUGUCUACAGCCUCACAGGCGUCGGGAUUCUGGGAGGGCAAGACAGCCGCUCGUCGAUUGUCUGUACCGUCGGGCGCAAACCCAUUUACAUCGCAGCAUGGCAACGUCUACCCACCAGGUUAUGCUCCAUCGCAAGCGUAUGUUGCGCAUGGAGGGGUGUAUGCCAGCCCGGUUAGCUCUAACUACUCGCUAUCGCGCGAUGAGAUGAAUCAUGGAGCUUCGGAUACCGAUCUACGCAGAAGGACAUGGCACCCUUCGACUUGGUCUGCGGUUCAACGGCCAGCCACCAGUGGCCUCAGUAACUACCAGACCCCAGAAGUGUUUCAUCCGUCGGCGAAACCCAAUGGGUUGGCAGAUCAGCCUCCGCGAUUGCCAGGCAUUGAAAGCUUCGAUAAGGUGGUUGCUCAGCGGCCCUUGACCCCGCCUGUCCGCCGCCCGAGUCCCAUGCAAAUGGACAACCCCAGCAAGCAACCGCCGAAUUACAACUUUGGGGGAGGCUUCAACUACACGCAGCCGACGAGCCGACCAGCGCCACCAAUCUCUGGUCCCGGUCAUCGGCGCGGCCACGUCUCGUGGGAUAUGUCGCUGCAUACGAACCUUACGGGAUUGCAUAUUCGGGACAAACCAUCUCAUCGGGACGCGGCAAACUGGAGCCAGCAAACCAUCGCCGAACUCCAAAAUGUCGGUUCCCGGCCAUCUUCAUCUUAUCAGCAGCAACUUCAGGAAUCUCGUGGACAUGGGCAUGCCCCGUCGUUUAGCAGCGUUACCAUGGGUUCCCAGGCGACGCGCACAUCACCUGAGGAUUCCAGCAGUAGCGAAGGAGUUCACACCCCAUCCACUGCGUCUCUGGAGUAUCAUCCUGCAAUUGUGCAUAACAAUGGAUAUGUGGAGCAGCAUCAUCCUCCCUUUGCAUCCGAGACAUCUCAGACAGCUUGCCCCCCUCUAGCCCCCCAACCUGAUAGCCACUUCGGCAAACGUGAACUUCGGUCCGAGUUCCUCCCUCAUUCGGUCCGGGAACCUGGAAUGGGACGGCUGGAAGCUCUCGUUGCCGUUGCCACCAGCGAGAACAAGAGCGCAACGAAGCUCUUUAUCUGAACGGCCGAGGUAUUGGCCUCGUGUCCGGGGUUGACGAGUCUUUUCCUAUUUUCAUCCGGUGAUCACAUCCUCAGCGAUUCCGCAUCCUCAACCGACCUUGCUCGGGCUCGCCGCUCUUUCUCCUUACUUUUGUUUUGAGCGGGAGUUGUAUAGUAUGGGGCGUCG